UCAUCUGACAUAUCCAGUCAGUCACGUCGUCACGGCGUUUGAAGCGAAAACCUAGAAGUCCGUACAUCGUCGAGAUUUAAGGGUAAUGGGAUCCAAUCAUAGCAUCUGAUAUGAAUCUCUCUGCAUCAUCGUCUUCUUCUCUGCUGUCGUCAUCGCCUUCUUCAUCAUCUUCCUCAACCACUUCAUGGUUUUCGGGCAUUGUUCGCGGCCGUUCUGAUAAGUCUGGUAGCAUCAAAAUGGCAAACAACUCCGUCGCCAGCGACCCUUCCGGUUCCGGAGGCCCCGUCAAUCGGAAAAACCAGUUCCAUGGCGUUCUCUUCAAGUACGGUCCCAAGCCAGUUCAGGUUGCAUUUAAAACUGGAAACUAUAAACAACAAGUCAUUUUUAUCGGUGGAUUGACAGAUGGUCUUCUGGCAACUGAAUACUUGGAACCUUUAGCAAUGGCAUUGGAGAAUGAGAAAUGGUCUUUAGUUCAACUACUUCUAUCAUCUUCUUAUAGUGGAUAUGGCAUCUCCAGCUUGAAACAAGAUGCCGUGGAGCUUGAUCAGUUAAUCAGUUAUUUAAUUAACAAGGAAGAUUCUGAGGGUGUGGUACUACUUGGCCAUAGUACUGGCUGUCAAGAUAUCGUGCAUUACAUGCGUACAAAUGCUGCAUGCUCCAGAGCAGUUCGUGCUGCUAUUUUGCAGGCUCCGGUUAGUGACCGGGAAUACAGGGCAACGCUUCCUCAAACAGCUGCUAUGAUUGACCUGGCUUCAACCAUGAUUAGUGAAGGCCGGGGAUUGGAAUUGAUGCCCAGGGAAGCAGAUGAAGGGGCCCCAAUAACUGCCUAUAGGUAUCACUCCCUUUGUGCAUACAUGGGGGAUGAUGACAUGUUCAGUUCUGACCUUAGUGAUGACCAGCUGAGAAUGAGACUCGGGCAUAUGUAAACACCUUGCCAGGUUAUCUUUUCUAUGGCUGAUGAAUAUGUCCCUGAAUACGUUGAUAAGAAAGCAUUGGUGGAAAGAUUAUGCAGGGCCUUGGGUGGCGCAGAGAAAGUUGAAAUUGAAUGGGGUAAUCACUCUCUUUCUAACAGAGUCGCGGAAGCUGUCCAAGCCAUAAUUGAUUUCGUUAUAAGAGAGGGACCAAAGGGGUGGGAUGAUCCAUGGAACUAAAAUGAUGCCUCUCUGUGAUGUUUGUUCAUUUUCUUCCUCUUUUGUUGUUGUCUAUUCCUCAUUUCCAUUCUUUGCCUUGUUAUUUUAAUUCUAUUCCCUUUUUGAAUAUGCUAGACGUUGAGUGAAUAUCAUCAACCUUCUAUUAUUUAUAGAAGCUUAGCUUUCGGAAAUCAAA